AUGGGGUACUCCCCGGAGCUGAACAAGCUGUACUGCCGGCUGGCCAAACCCUGCCCGGUGCAGGUGAGGGUGGGGGUCCCGCCCCCCCCCGGGUCUUUGCUCCGCGCCGUCGCCGUCUAUAAGAAAUCGGAGCACGUGGCUGAGGUGGUGCGGCGUUGUCCCCACCACGAGAGAUGUGGGGGGCCUGGAGAUGGUGAGGACCCCCCCUUGGGGAUGGGUGCUGGGGGGGUUUGGGGUUCCCUCCUUCGCCGUAACGACAUGUCACCGUUCCCCUCCCAGGUGGGGUCCGACUGUACCACGGUUCUUUACAACUUCAUGUGCAACAGCUCGUGCAUGGGGGGCAUGAACAGGCGCCCGAUUUUGGCCAUCCUCACGCUGGAGGGGCCGGGGUGA